UAAAAAGGGGCUCUAGCUCAACAGACAUUUAAUAAUUUGCGCACACAGCUGUAUAUUGUAUCUCGUUCAAUUUUAAGCAGUAUAAAAAGGAUUGGAGUUAAAAAUGGCAAGGAUUACUCUAGUUUUAAUCUCAGUGGUCUUAAUGUUGGUGUUGGUGGAAAGAACAGUCAGUUUUACUGCUGUGGACGCUUCUUGGGGGAAACGUAGUGAAAAGGUUCGUAUAGGAAUACUUGCUUAUACGGCUUAUAUGCAUGCAUGUGUAGCAGUAUUCUACCUUUCUUAUACCCAUGCUGGCCAUGCAUGAUGGUAUAGCAAGUCUCGGUUACAAAAAAACUGUUAUCGGCUAGCUAUAGAGUAUAGGUAGAAUAUACGCGAUCCCUGACAAGGCUGUAUUAUGACAAACUUUUUCUAAACCUUCGCAUGAAAAACAUCAGUGUAAAGAGAAGACCGAAGCCGAAGGGUUUCGAGAAUUUGAUUUCCGUUCAAAGACAAAGUGAACUGAUGUCGUGUGAUCGAUUCUUUGACUUUGCGCUUUGCAUCUUGAAAAGUAGAAAACUAGAAAUGCAUUGACGUGUGAAUUACUUUCUUGGAAAGUUUGUACAAAAUGUUUGUUUCGCACUGGAUGGAAAACGAUACGCACUGCAACACAUCAUGCAAGUACAUUAUUGUAGACCUAGCUUUAGAAACCGUGUGAUGUUCCCUCGACUCGCGAAUGUUUCUCCGUUAGCGGCCACCCUUGCCAUUGAUGAAACUUGAUAUUGUUACAGAAACAAACUUGGACAAAUUCAGAAUUAGAAACCAAACUAAAGACAAGUAUGACAUUACGGAAAACAUAGCUAUAGAGAACGUGUUAAUUUCCGCAACAAUGCCUCAGUAUAGCUUCACCAGGGCUUUAUAGUCCGGAUGGUACGCCACUGAAUUAUAGAAUUGAUGUGAUUCACCUUUAUACCCUUAUCUAAUAAUAAAGUUGCACAUAGACUUAACUAUAUUGUACCGAUUACAAUUUUAUUUAGGUCACUGGCAAAGAUAUGUGUGAACUGGCAAGACAAAUCUGCAAUCGGCUUAGAAGUGAGAAACAUGACGUCAAACAGUCCAUUGAACGACAAACAAGAUAUAGCAAUCUGCCAGAAGAGGAUUUUAGUUAAUAUGCCCAUUGUCCAAUAAAGACAAAUGUCAAUACUCGUGCUAUACGAUAAUAAAAUAGAUUUAAAGUUAAAAAUAUAUUUAGUGCAUGAGAAAAUAAAUAAAACGAAGUAGAAAACAAGUGACACUGAAUUAGUGCAGCAACACCUUGCAAGAUUUUUUAAUACUAUUUAGUAUAAAUUCGUUCGUCAGUUCAUUUAUUGCAUCGUUUAUUUAUUCCUUGCAGGGCUGGGGGACAGAUCAAUCGGUC